AUGGCUCCUCCUCGUAAACGUGGAGCAAAAGGAGCGAAGACCAAGAGUGAGUUGAGUUUGGGCGAUCUUGUCCUCGCCAAGGUCAAAGGCUUCCCUCCUUGGCCUGCCAAGAUUAGCAGAGCGGAAGAUUGGGAGAGAACCCCUGAUCCUAAAAAAUAUUUUGUCCAGUUCUUUGGUACUGCAGAGAUAGCUUUUGUUGCUCCUGCUGAUAUUCAGGCAUUUACUAGCGAGGCAAAGAAUAAAUUGUCAGCCCGAUGCCAAGGCAAGACCGUUAAAUACUUUGCACAAGCUGUGAAGGAAAUCUGUGAAGAAUUUGGAGCUUUGCAGAAAAAGAAUUCAAGUGGUGUAGGAGAUGAUUCAGACAGAUCAACUCCUGGGUGUGAUGCCCCCUCUGUUGAUGGGGCAGUAGAUAGUGCUGUAGAGGUUGACUUAAAAAAUGGUAUUGGGACAAAUGAAACUAGGGGAGAAAUAGAGGUUAAAGGCACUGGGUUGGAGCGCUGCUCACUACGACUAGGAGACAUCAAUUGGCAAGAUAUAAAACCUGCCAUUUCAAGCAAUGCUAAUGAUAGUUCGUCUCCAGUAACGUCCUCCAAAAAAAAGAAUAAGCUUUGCAGUGACGGUGCUAAAAUACCAAAGCUGGAGGUAGUAUCAGGAUCUAGUCCAUGCAAUUUUUCCUGUCCCAAGGAGGAAGUCUCUUGUGAUAGUAAUACUGAAGAUACAAGGAAUACGAGAACCCAACUUGGACAUGUAAAGCAUACUUUAGUCAGUUAUGAAGUUUCACAUCCUGCCAAAAGGUUGACAAGUUCAGACUUGGUGGACGAUGCCACCCGGGGGUUACUCAAAACAUACAGACAAAGUGAUUGUCAAAGCCAUAGUGUUGUUGAGGGCAAAGCAGAUAACGCUGAGAUUAAAAAGCCUGCACUGCGGGGGGAAGUUGAAAAUCGCUUGGCAUCCAGAGCACAGACAGGUAGUGUUGAUGCCAAUACUCCGAGUGAUGAAGAUGGUCUUCCCCCAACAAAGCGCCGUCGCUGGGCAUUGGAGGCCACGUCUGGUUCUUCCACUUAUGAAGGUAAAGCGGGAAAAGGUUCUGCUGCUUUUAGAUCUGAUUUGUCAUGCUCAGGCAAUGUUAAAUCAUCGGUUACUCCAUUGCACACAAAGCGGAGAGCUGUUCGGCUAUAUGGUGGCGAUGAUGAUGACGAGCCCAGAACUCCAAUACAUGCAGGAUCUGUGAAGAAGGUUCAUGCACAUUCACAUGUCUCAGAAUAUGUCAAGAACACUGAUGCACAUGUUGAGGGUUCUAUACAUGAUCGGCCAUGUGUAAGAGAUUCAGGUAUACUUGAGAAUGGUCCUUCAAAGGAACUUAUACCCCCUGCCAAACUGAAUGGGUCUUCAUCACCUAAUCCUCAACAGACUGUAGAGAAGAGGCCUAAAAAGUCAACAGAUUCACAUGCCGUUCUUAGUCCAGGGAAUUUGGGACCUGAUAAAGUAUCAUCAGCAGAGGCUAAACCAGUUUUGUUUUCCCCUAAUAAUUCUCCCUUUGCCACAAAACCAGUAUUUGAACCACAUAAAGCCAAUAAAUCUUCAGCUAAGGUAUCUGGUAGUGUUUCUCAGAAAAAGGUUCCAACUGGGCCUUAUAAGGGAUCUGAAGUGGUUUCUAACGCCUUGAAUUAUACUCGUAAUCAAGCAACAAUUGAAAAAAGUAAACCAAUUUCUUCUGGGGAAAGACAAAAAUCUACUCCAAAAUCAAAUUUACGGGUAAAUGAUUCUUCUCUUGUAGCUGGAAAUCCAAUGGAAUGUAAAUCACUAUCCAUUGACAGGCUGGAAGCCGGAAGAGAAGAUAAGACAAGCUCAAUGAUUGACACGCAGAUUUCAGACUCUGUUACAUCUAUGAAGCAUCUCAUAGCAGCUGCUCAGGCGAAAAGAAGACAAGCUCUUUCACAAAGUCUCUCUCAUGGUAAUGCUAGUUCUGUUUUCGUCCCCACUACCGACAUAAGUGGCGGGAGCCCCAGCCCCGCCCCUGCUGUUCAGCGCCUUCAAUCCAGCUCCAGCAUUGUGGUCGAACCAGAUAGUCAGGGAUACUAUCCUCAUUCCUCUUUAGCUUCUCCAUCUUCUCAUGCUCGGCAGAUUUCGUCAAACUAUCAACCUGAUAACGAAGAAAUUGAGGAGAGAAGAGUUAGUUCAGGGCACCGGCCUGCUGGGGGUUCCCUUAGUGGUGGUACUGAGGCAGCUGUUGCUCGUGAUGCUUUUGAAGGAAUGAUAGAGACACUGUCAAGGACCAAAGAAAGUAUUGGGCGAGCAACCCGACUUGCAAUUGAUUGUGCAAAGUAUGGCAUUGCCAAUGAG